AUGACCAAGGAGAACUUCAAAGAGAAGUCCAAGUCUGGCAGUGAAUUAUACGGCAAUCUUCAAUCGUACAAGGCUCCUGCACCUCCAUCACAAGGCAUACCACCAACGUUAAACAUCAGUGAACAUUUACUAAAGACAUAUGGGGAUCAAAAGUCCACGGACAAGUUCACCUAUAACUUUACUCAAUUUAUUGGCCGACAAAAUAAUAUUAAUCAAAUCAUAAAUGCAGUUUGUAUGCGAUUUAAGACCAUGACAUCAAACAUAAAGAGUGACCAGAGCAUGGUGGUGAUUGCUGGUCCCCCUGGAAUUGGAAAGAGUCGUAUCCUACAAGAAGUCCCUCGGCACUUGAUAUCAGCUUCUGAGCUACCGAAACAUCAGAUCACGGUUGCUAUCUCCUUCAGCAAUGCUACACCUUUAUGGUCUACAGAGAUGUCUGCUGGAGUCGCCAUAUCCACACGAAUGCUGUACAGUUACUUUAUUGGAGAACUCGGUGUCAACUUCAAUAACUUUAUUCGCCAACUCGAAACCAAGUUCGUGUUGAGAGAUCUCACUCCAUCUUUGGCAUUGUCUAUCAUUGUCGAGCACUACAGAUUAACAAUCUCACCGGACAUUGACAUUGUCAAUGACAAGGAACAAUUGGCAAACUGGCAAAAACAACAACAGAUAAUGGUCUUGAUAGCUUUGGACGAAUUUCAGAAAGCACUCAUUGAAUCAGAUGAUCAUCAUAUCAGGAGGUCAUACCUCAAGAACGUUAUACUGGAAUUGUUGUCAUUAAGUGGAAACAAGCAAGACACAACAACAACUGGGAUCUCAACACCAUCUGCUCUGUUGGAGAAAGGUACUUUUGUCUAUAUCAUGACGGCUGGUACCAUUCUUGAACCCAUUGACCAUAUCAUCAGCAAGGAUUUUGGAUUACUAUACACAUUCAUCUCGCUUCCUCUCUUGACAAGGGAGGAAUCUCGUAUCAUUCUCUUUGACUUCCUCUCAAAGUCCUCUAUGGGCAACACUAAUUCUGGUAGAAUUCCAAUACCUCCAUCAUUCUUCACAACACUGGAUACAACUGGGGGUUGGCCAAGACCCAUUGAACUGUUCUUGAGAACUCUUGUUACCAAUCCUGCAGACAUUGACAAGCCAAACACUCGACACGAGAUCAAUUGGACAACAAUGGACGCCCCAGUUCGAAAGCUGUUCGAAGCUACUGUCACAGAGUUCGAUCGAACAUAUCCAAAGCUAACCAAUAAACCCUAUUUCGAUAUUAUAUUGUCACAUGCAAUCACUGAACAUCCAAUAUUAGCUCAAUGUCCGCUUGAUGAUGCGCCUUCAUACUUAAACUUGCAAAGCGAUGGAGUCCUACUCCUCGAAGGCAACACAGUGCGGCUACCUUUCAUCUUCAUCCAUGUCUACGCCACUCGCACCAACUUUAAAAGUCUCGUUCAGCUUACAAACUUCAUCAUUGAUAUGCGCCACGACGAGAAGUGGGAGACGUUUGUCGCCUUGUAUGACUUCGUUAGAGGUGUUUGCUUUGGAUAUAUUGGGGUAGUUCCAACCAUCGAUCAAUACUACUCCAAUGCCUACUUCUCCAACAGGACUUUAAAGGAAUGUCGUAUGAAAUGCAUCAAUUCUGGAGCACAUAUCUUUGCUGAUAAGAUGUAUCCAGAGAGUUGCGAAGAGUGGGAAAAGAAUACAUUCAAGAAUCAUUUGGAAGAAGGAUGUUCUAUGUCUAAUUCAAAAGGAGCCUUGGUUGACUUUGUUCUUCGCAGAAAGAUCUGGAUCAACAACAAUUGGACUUGGAUAUGGAUACUGGGAGACGCCAAGUUUACAAGUGACGACAAAAUCUUGGAUUUCAAUUCAGUGGUCAAGCCAGUCUUGAAGAAAUGCGAAGAAGCCCAUAAGAACUUGGUCCCUAAGAGUUCUGAGGGCCCCAAUCAACCAAGUUCUGAUGUGCCUUUUGGUUACAUUGUCUUCAUCUCAACAAACAAAAGACUAAGCGAUAACAAUAUAAUUCAUAUUUUAUUAAUUUCUCGCAGCUCACUCUACACUAACCAAUCCAACAACAAUAAAUAUACUAUUAAAUCAAUAUUAAUUAUCACUCUAUUUAUCAUCUUGAGCGACUUCCAACGUUUAGCACAUAUUCUUCUCGUACAAAUUGGAGAAGAAUAUAUUGAUACAACCAAUAAAUUAUCAUUCCAAGAUACCUACCUUGCCAAUCUUUCAUUUAUUAUAUAUAAUCAGAAUGGUCUAGAAUACAGAUGUUCUAGGAAAGCAGACAAAGUCACAAGCGUUGGAAAAUAUAAAAAAAGAUGGAUUAAUAAGAGUCCUACACCUGAAUGUGUGGAUUUUAAAUCUUCAGGUUUAAUUGAUGGUAGAAAUAUUUGGAAAUCAGAUUAUAAAAAGAAAUUACAAAUUAUUUCGUCGGUUCUCGCAAAGAUUGCUAAGGAUAGAUUGAUUAUUGCUCCAUCUUGUUCACUUCUCCAUUCACCAAGUUCCUUGAGAUCCGAUGCAAAGACAAAGAUUGGAAUUCAACAAGCUUUCGAAGAACUUGCACAUAAGAUUAUUGAUACACCAUCAUGA